AUGUCCAGCCUAAUAUCAGAAGUAAAUGCGACCUGUUUGGAUCUAUUAUUGAUAGAAAUGGUGCCUUUGGCUAUUCGUGUGACCAAAGAUCUAGAAAAUGAAAAUGUGAUCACAAAGGAAGAGAACUUUGAGGAAACCGAUUUAAUAGGAAAGCUAAAUAUUAAGGAUGGCGCCACUAAAGAAUUAAACAUUGAUGAUAAACAUGGAAGAAUUGAUCUUCUUGAAGACCAGGACAAUUUGGGAAACAACGAUGUUAUAUACAGAAUUGAAAGUUAUGGCUACAAUAUCGGGCUAAGGGUAGGGGAAUUGUUGAAUUAUAAAUUAAACAACGACGAAUUCGCUAAUGGUUUAAACAGACAGAACUUGAAAUUGAAUAUGGAUAUUUUGAACAUCAUGAAGUUCAUUUGUCGUGAUAUAUGGAAAAACUUAUAUGGAAAACAGAUGGAUAAUUUAAGAACUAAUCAUAGAGGAGCGUUUGUAUUGAUCGACCAUAACUUUAAGGGAAUAUCGAAAAUGAAUAGUGCAAAAGGAGAAGAAAUAACAAAUGAAAAAAUAAAAACUUAUUUAUGGUUUCCAUGCGGUAUCAUCAGAGGAAUAUUGUCAAGCUUGGGAGUUGAUUCCUCUAUUCAGGCUGAAAUCACUCAAUUCCCUGGUGUUUCUUUCAAUAUUCAAACAAAAAUGCAAACUUGA